CCUGGGUAUACAGCACUUUUCAAUUUAAUACCAAUUUUAUUGUUGAUCAUACUAUCCGGCAUGUCAUCAUUCUUCAUAUCAGAUCCAAUUUAUAGUCUAACGCCCAGUGCGAAAUAUGCGAUUGAAAGACGAACUGUUGCAACCAAUAUACCGUAUUUUGUCACGGAAAAUUUUCAUGAAUAUCAAGGUUCGCUGGGAAGACUUGAAGCAGCUGUUGAGGAUGAAUAUAAAACAAACUUACGCUACGCAUGCAAUCGCGAAAGAAAUUAUAAGGAGUCAAUGUUGAUGAAAGCCCGAAAUUUUGGCAGCAAAGACUUGUACAGAAAAGCACAACUAAUUGAGACGCCAUCGUGUCGGAGUUUUGAAGAUUUUAAGCAAAAUGGACGUUUUUAACGUCUUUUUCUCCAAAAUAUUUAUUAGGUUUUCAUUGUUGUUCAGUGAUGAGACACAAAAGGAAAAAAUAAAAAAAAAUAUAUAUAAGAUAA